GUCACUUCAUUUAUCUUUGAAAUCGAAGAAGCCCUGUGAACAAGAUGGACUAUUUAGAAAACGAGAUAUGUGCUUUAUUUGUUAACUUCUGUAUUCGGUUUGAAUCUACAUAGAAGGACACGAACAUUAAGCAAGAUGAGGUGAUAUUUAGACGUCGAUACCAAGACAGAAUACGAGUGACCGGUCAGUGAAAUUGCGUUUAGGAUAGCUAGCUACUGUAGUAAUCAGUGAUGGUACCAAAUAAUCGGUGACGUUCAAGUACAUUGGAUUUUGGAAUUUUGGGUGAAAAAAGUAUGGCAACCGACAAACGACCUACGGUAUUUUCUGUCAUUUUACUAAAAUAAUUCCUUAAAGUGGAAUGAAGGAAUUCUCGUGUCUGUCCCCUGUUAGGUAAUGACGUUACCUUAGUUAGGCUUAGCUAGCUAUCACGUCACGAAGCCUGUUUUUCAACUGGCGACGCCGACUAGGGCAUACAGUUAUGGCCUGUCGUUUAGGAAACUAAUUUAGAAAAUAAAGUCGAUAACAUCGUCUGUGAUCAUUUUUCACUAUCAUAGAGCCAUUCCACGCUGCAUGUAGCCAACAUUGUUUUGAAAGGAAGUUAGUCGGAGACUGCGUACUUCUUGCCAAAUGCCGGGGGAGGUGCAGUGUGGGUUAUCUAACGCUGCAUUCAAACCAACCCCUUCAUUAGAUUCUAACUCAAGCAUGUAUUUAUUGACAUCCUGGGCAUCUCGCCGUAUUCAGUUUCUUAAAAAGUGUACGUUGUAGGAGCAAAACAAUUAGACUUAAAUUAACUGGCUUUCUUGUUUGAUUGCUUUGGCUAUCGCGAAAUGGGUCCUGUACAAACAGCUUCGGUGCGUUUAUUUCUGAUGAUUGGUGAACUUCUCAUACAUCAAUAACGCACAGAACGAGGAUGGAGACAGGAAUCCAGCAUCAACCGGGCGAGCAAUUCGUCCAUCCGUUGUCCAACCCGGGAGCUACGGGGUUAUGCACAGAAAUGCUCGAAGUCGCAGAAGAGGCAAACCGCGCAGGGGAUUUCAACCUCGCCGCCGAAAUCUACAGCUCUCAACUUGCGGACCUCCAACAACCUGACCGGGGCCUCUGUUUGCGAAAAGCGGAUGCUUUGGCACAGGCAGGUAGGAUAGGUGAGGCUCUGGACUCGUACUGUACAGCGGCAAACCUAAGCAAUCUGAGGCCGGAGGAGUUGCGUAUUCUAGUUGAAAACAUUGCACAGACUCUGAGAGAAAAAGAUCUAAACGUCUUGAAUGGUCUCAAGAGUGGCUCGCGCAGUGGAGACGGCGGAGGGGAUUCGGAUGGAGACACCGAAGAGGACGAGCCGUUAGACUUAUUUAAAUGUCGCCUUUGUAAGAAUUUGCUUUCGGAACCAGCAACGUUACUAUGUGGCCACACGUUUUGCAAACAUUGUUUAGAAAAUGAAACUGUCACGGAUUGCAAACAGUGCAAGUAUAAACUGGACAAAAAAGACGGGCAGAUUUUGCCAUUUGGACUAAGAAUAGAUGUUGUACUAAGUGGGUUGUUGGAAAAAUGGUUCGACUCCGAAAGCAAAGCCAGGAGGUUUUGUAUAGAAGGAGAGGUGUUAUGGAAAAAACAAGACUACGCAGAUGCCUUGGAGAAGUACAAUAAAGCUGUAGAACUGGCGCCCUCUUCAGGCAGCCUGCUGGCACAGCGGGCCAGGCUGCACAUGGACAUGAGGAGUUACUGUCAGGCUGUGCAGGACGCUGACAGCAUGUGCAGAGGCAACCCUCUCUGGCCACAGGCCCACUCUCUGAAAGCCUCUGCCCUGAUCAGAGCCUCCAGGAAGGAGGAAGCGCUGCAGGAAUACUUCCUCUGUGUGGCGCUGAAGCCUGAUUGGACCACAGUCAAGAUGGAGGCCCAGAAGGUGCUGAGCGAGCUGUUCUCCUCCGUGUUCGAGAGGGCUGAUGUGCCCCAGCCCCUGCUGCCCCUGUCCGGAGACCCCUCCACACGCUUCCUCAAACCCUCCGCUCUGCUCAGCUCCCUGCGGCCGCUCGCCCGGACCCCCGCAGCCCAGCCUGCCCAGGACUCAGAGGUCAGUGUGAGCAGAUCAGGGUGUGAGGGUUCGUCCACACAGCCGGCCCCCAGCGGCCCCCGGGGGGACGAGGGCAGCAGUAAGACCCUGGCCAGCGUCCUGGCCGCCCUGCCGGUGCCCCCCGGUGGCACUAAGAGGAAGCACGGUGGAGACGAGCCCUUCUGCCACUCCUCCAAACUGCUCCGAGCAGAUGAAGGGUGCUCCUCUCACGCCCCUGCCACGCCCCCCAGGGGGCGGACCGUGCCCCCCAGCCUGCUGGACAGUGGAGACAUGGAGUGUUCCCUCUGCAUGAGGCUGUUCUACGAGCCGGUCGCCACCCCUUGUGGACACACCUUCUGCCUCAAGUGUCUGGAGCGCUGCCUGGACCACAACCCCUACUGCCCUCUGUGCAAGGAGAACCUGUCUGAGUACCUGGCCACCAGGGGUCACAACAAGACUGUGCUGAUGGAGCAGGUGCUGCAGCGUUACCUAGGAGACGAGCUGGCCGACAGGAAGAGGAUCCAGGAAGAGGAGCAGAAGGAGCUGUCCAACCUGAACCAGGAAGUGCCUAUCUUCGUGUGCACCAUGGCGUUCCCCACCAUCCCCUGCCCACUGCACGUGUUUGAGCCUCGCUACCGCCUGAUGAUCCGCCGCUCCAUGGAGACGGGCACUCGGCAGUUUGGCAUGUGCAUCGCAGACGAGCUGCUGGGCCACGCAGACCACGGCUGCAUGCUGGAGGUGCGCAACGUCAAGUUCUUCCCGGACGGCCGCUCCGUGGUCGACACGGUCGGCGGCGCCCGCUUCCGCGUGCUGAGUCACGGCCAGCGAGACGGAUACCACACGGCCAAGAUAGAGUAUCUGGAGGACAAGACGGUGGAGGGAGAGGAGCUAGCAGAGCUGCAGAAGCUACAUGACUCUGUGUAUGAGCAGGCCACCUCCUGGUUCACCUCCCUGAAGGACAACAUGAAGAGUCAGAUCCUCAGCCACUUCGGACACCUGCCAGGGAAAGACCCCGAUCCACAGGGUAGUCCCAGUGGCCCGGCCUGGUGCUGGUGGCUGCUGGCUGUCCUUCCUCUGGAGAACAGAGCCCAGCUCACCAUCCUGGCCAUGACCUCCCUGAAGAGCCGCCUAGUGGCCGUCCGCAGGGUCCUGCUCUUCGUCAUGCGCAAGAGACCGCGAUGACCUCCGUACCCGCAGGCCCUCCUCCCUCACAAGAGACCGCGAUGACCUCCGUACCCGCAGGCCCUCCUCCCUCACAAGAGACCGCGAUGACCUCCGUACCCGCAGGCCCUCCUCCCUCACAAGAGACCGCGAUGACCUCCGUACCCGCAGGCCCUCCUCCCUCACAAGAGACCGCGAUGACCUCCGUACCCGCAGGCCCUCCUCCCUCACAAGAGACCGCGAUGACCUCCGUACCCGCAGGCCCUCCUCCCUCACAAGAGACCGCGAUGACCUCCGUACCCGCAGGCCCUCCUCCCUCACAAGAGACCGCGAUGACCUCCGUACCCGCAGGCCCUCCUCCCUCACAAGAGACCGCGAUGACCUCCGUACCCGCAGGCCCUCCUCCCUCACAAGAGACCGCGAUGACCUCCGUACCCGCAGGCCCUCCUCCCUCACAAGAGACCGCGAUGACCUCCGUACCCGCAGGCCCUCCUCCCUCACCCACACGCCCGCCAACUCUGGGGUGGUUCAGUCUGCCGAGCAGACCGGCAACUGGCUCCUUCCCGUUCAUCCUUCCAUUCGAUCAUCCCUCCAUCUACGCCCCCUAGUGGCGGCACACUGGAACUGCACAGCCGUGAGACUUCAGCUUUGUCUCGCGGGAAGUGGAGGGAAACAGAUGCACUAACGCCACCUUGCUCCGACCCAGGAAGAGACUGUAGCAGUUCUAGACGUCAGCACCUCCCUGCUGCCUUUAGUCAACAUGUGCUCUCGUGGUUAAACAAUAGGGAGAAUAAUCAAAGUGACACGCACCAAAAAGCAAUGUGACUGAAGCACUACAGUACUGAAUGUACGGGGUUGUCAGUAGUUUGUCGCUAUGUUUUUUUUCUUCUGUUUAUUGCUGCUCUUCACGACCCUGCUUGUCUGUUCAGGACCAGGAGGACGCAGAAAAAAGUGGACAGUUACUGUACAUGUUGUGUUACUCUGAAAACCACCACCAGGUUUUAACUUGACAUGGGGUCAAAACAAAACAUAAAACAUCCAAACUGUAGGAUCUUCUGUGUGGUGGACGAGUCUCUGUGUGUCCACCCCGACAGGAUGGCUGCAUGUCCCCUCCUUAAGACACCAACACACCCCUCACACCCCACCCUGCAGUUUACCCCUCACACCCCACCCUGCAGUUUACCCCUCACACCCCACCCUGCAGUUUACCCCUCACACCCCACCCUGCAGUUUACCCCUCACACCCCACCCUGCAGUUUACCCCUCACACCCCACCCUGCAGUUUACCCCUCACACCCCACCCUGCAGUUCAGAGAGAGGAGAGGGGGGGAGGAGAGGGAGGGGAUAUGAGGUGGGUGUGUUUGGUCUUCUCUAUACUGUGAAUCUACGUCGGGUGACUGAGUGUAUAUCAGUAACUCUUGAGGCCUUUUAUCAAUGUCUUAUUUAAGUGUUAUUUUCCUGCAGGUGCUUUUUCUUCUUGUUUGGGUUGUGAUGCGUAAAGUAACUCCACUCACAGUCCAGAGACGACAUUCUGCUUUUCACACGCAUCUUAGUUGAGCCAGAUCUUGUAACUUUUUUUAUCAGAAUUAAAACUCAUGUUAAAAUGGA